CAAAGACUGAAAAGACACAGACAGUAGACUUCCGAGAGUUGAACUCGAAGUCUUCUGAAUGUGAAACCAACCACCACUUUCUCAGCACUUUCCCAGAAACUUCCAUUCAAACUUACCAAAUUUACAUCUCCAUCCUAUAAAUUCAUUACCCGAUCUUCCAACUUCCAACUUGCACCACCAAAUCUCUCGAGUUCAAUGGCGGCCAAGAGAUUGUUCUGCGAAACAGAGUCCAUUUUAACACCUCCUCUAGAGAAGAAACGCCCACGCCAAACCUUCGCGUCGAUAAUUGGGGAAGUCGUUAUGGGGAAUUCCUUGAGGCAUCUUACCAAAGCAUUGGAGCCAUUGCUGAGAAGAGUGGUCUGUGAGGAAGUUGAUCGGAGUUUAAUGCAGUAUUCGAGGUCGUUAACGAGGGCUUCGUCGUUGAGGAUUCAAGCUCUGGAGCCUUCCAGUUAUCAAUUGUAUUUUGUGAAUAACGUACCGUCGAAGAUUUUCACCGGAAGUAAGAUCACGGAUGUGGAAAAUCAGGCGCUGCGGAUUGCCGUCGAGGACGGCGGCGGAGAUCUGCCGUCGCUUAUUUCUUCGUCUGUUAAAGUAGAAAUUGUGGCGCUUAAUGGCGAUUUUCCUGGCGAUAAACAGGACUGGACGGCGGAUGAAUUUAAUGCUAACAUUGUGAAAGAGCGUACUGGAAGGAGGCCGCUCCUUCACGGCGACAUGAAUGUAACUCUCCGGCACGGGGCUGCAACCAUCGGAGAUAUUGAAUUCACGGACAACUCGUGCUGGAUCAGGAGCAGGAAGUUCCGGCUUGGUGCCCGAAUUGUUCCCGGGUCGGAUCGUAAUAACAGCCCCCGGAUCCGUGAAGCUAUAAGCGAACCGUUUGUGGUCAAUGAUCAGCGCGGUGAAUUGUACAAAAAGCAUUACCCACCAAUGUUACACGACGAAGUAUGGAGAUUAGAAAAGAUAGGAAAAGAAGGAGUGUUCCACAGGAGGCUAAACGAUCACAACAUCAAAACAGUUCAAGAGUUCUUACAGUUCUUCACUGUGGACCAACAAAAGCUAAGAACGAUCUUAGGCAUGGGAAUGUCGGAGAGAAUGUGGGAAGCCACCACCAAGCACGCUAAGACAUGCGAGCUGGGACAGAAGCUCUAUCUCUUUCGUGGCCACAAUUUCACGCUUUUCUUGAACCCCAUUUACCAAGUUGUUCAGGCUGUAAUCAAUGGUCGAACUUAUACAUUCUCAGAGCUUCAAAAUAUUCACGAGGGAACCUUGAAGAAUUUGAGGAAACAGGCAUUUGAUAACAGGCAAUGGCUACAAGACAUUGAAGGGAAUUUAAGCGACAGUUUGUUACUAUUAACGCAAGGGAAUGAAGAAAGUGAUUACAAUAAUGUAAUGGAGAAAUCGUUGAUUAUAAGUGGAGAAGCUGAAGGCAGAGAUUGGGAUUCAAAUUCGGAUCAAAUUAUUUCUGCAACAUUUCAAGGCAAUGUUCAUUAUAAUUAUUUCUCUUAAUUACAACUAAUUAUCUCCCAAUUACUUUAGUUUUUCUCCAAAUUUGUUUUAUUGUUUUCAUUUCCUUUUGUGUCAAGAUGUAUAAAUUUACAACCAUCAAAUUUCUUUGUUUACCGUCGCUGUCCUACUACUGUAAA